AUGGCUACAAAUCAAAAAGAGGUAAAAUUAUUUGGAGUUGUAGGAAGCCCAUUUGUUAUGGGAGUUCAAAUUGCUCUGAAACUCAAGGGCAUUGAAUACGAAUUUGUUGAAGAAGACUUGCAGAACAAGAGUAAGCUUCUCCUCAAAUACAACCCAGUUUAUAAAAAGGUUCCAGUUUUCGUUCACAAUGAGAAACCUAUAUCAGAAUCUCUUGUGAUUAUUGAGUACAUUGACGAGACAUGGAAACAAAAUCUAAUUUUGCCAUCUGAUCCCUACCAAAAAGCUCAAGUUCGAUUUUGGUCCAAGUUCAUUCAAGACAUGAUAGUGGCACCUUUAUUUAAAGCUGUUCAUGCUUUUAACAACGAGAAAGAGCGCGAGAAGAAUAUAUCAGAAUCAUUUCUUGCUCUUCAGAUUCUUGAGAAUGAGUUGAAGGAUAAGUUCUUUGGUGGAAAAGAUAUUGGUCUUGUGGAUAUCGCUGCUAUGUUCGUAGCUUUCUCGCUCCCUUUGCUCCAAGAAGCAGCAGGAUUUAUCGUGUUCACUGCUAAAAUGUAUCCAAAGCUUUACAAUUGGAGCCAAGAAUUUCUUAACCAUUCAAUUGUGAAGGAAAUUGUGCCUGCAAGAGAGCCUCUUUUGGUUCAUUUCAAAGCUAGAUAUGAAAUCCUUGUUUCUGCUUCAAAAUAG